AUGGUUGAAGUAGUUGAAUCAAAUGUUGAAUCCUCUGUUCCACCUCCUUCUAUUGAUGUGGGAAGUCAGCUGUAUAUUCACCCUUCUGAUAGUGCAGUGAAGAAUAAGUUGGGCUUCAUCAAUGGAGAAUGCUUGAAACCAUCAUCAACCUCUCUAAAUUAUCGCCAAUGGGAACGAUGCGAUGCCAUGGAUACUUCAUGGAUCCUCAACUCUCUAAGCAAGGACAUUGCUGAUAGUGUCGAAUACGUUUUUGAUUCACUGGAAUUAUGGAAUGAACUAAAGGAUCGAUAUGAUCAAACAAAUGGUGCAAAAUUGUAUCAGAUCCAGAAGGAGAUUAACGAUCUAAGCCAAGGAUCUCUAGAUAUCACUUCCUACUAUACUAAGAUGAAGAAACUUUGGGAGGAACUGAACAACUUGUGUGUAAAGAAUCAGUGCAGUUGCUUAUGCACUUGUGGUGCCAAGGAUACUAUGUACAAGGCAGAGCAGGAUAGACGAUUGAUCCAAUUUCUUAUGGGCCUUAAUGAAGCAUAUACCAUCAUUCGCGGUAGCAUACUCAUGAUGAAACCAUUACCUUCCAUGGGUCAAGCAUUUGCUCUUCUAAUUCAGGAGGAGAAGCAGCGAGAGUUUAAGCCUAACAGCCAACUCUUCGCAGAUUCACCCUCUAUGAGAUUGGGGCAUAUAAAAGACAAGUGUUACAAGUUACAUGGUUAUCCUGAGAAGCCAUCUUCUAGUCCAGGAUUUGGUAACACCAACAAUACCUCCAACUCAAACUUUACUCCAGGUUACAGAAAGUAUAAGGGAAAAGGAACUGCAGCAAAUGUUCAUGGAGAAUGA